AUGACCAAACAAUUGCCAAAAAUUGAACAAUCACGAAUCAAACUUGGAUUGAGCAAUUCCGUAUUAUCUGCUGAAAUAAGAACUAACGAACAAUCAUAUUUUGGCACACCUGGUUAUUCCUGUUACCCACAACAACAAUCUAUUUCAUCGGAAUCAAGUACAAUACAACCUACUACAUCACCCUCUUAUUACUCUAGUGGAGAACAUUCAACUACUUCAGCACAACAUCAAAGGCAAUCAUUACUCGAAAUGGCGUCUCUUCCUCCGCAAGAUUACGAGUGA